GAGACUUCCUCGAAGAAAAGAGCCGGCGAGAGAGAAAGAGAGAGAGAGAGAGAGAGAGAGAGAGAGAUGACGAACGAGUACCUGAGGAUGAAGACGGGCUACGCUCCCGUCGGCGGGGACGACCUGAUCCAAUCGGAUCUGAAGGAGCUUGGGGUCGCCGCCAGGAAACUCGCCAACCACGCCCUCAUGGUCGGCGGCGGGCUAGGCGUCGGCACCACCUUUUUCAAGUUCCUCGCUUCCUUCGCCGCCAUAUAUCUGUUGAUCCUUGAUCGAACUAACUGGAGGACAAACAUGUUGACUUCACUUUUAAUUCCAUAUAUCUUCUUGAGCCUGCCAUCUGUACUAUUUUCUUUACUGAGAGGGGAAUUUGGAAAAUGGAUUGCAUUUAUUGCUGUUGUCCUGCGCCUUUUCUUCCCUCGGCAUUUCCCAGACUGGUUGGAAAUGCCUGGAGCAUUGAUCCUCCUCCUGGUGGUUUCUCCUGGAUUUUUCGCUUACACGAUAAGAGACGGCGUCGUCGGCGUCUUCAUAUGUCUGGCCAUUGGCUGUUACCUCCUUCAGGAGCACAUCCGGGCGUCGGGUGGCUUUAGAAACUCAUUCACAAAGAGCCAUGGUGUCUCAAACAGCAUUGGCAUCAUUCUCCUUUUGGUUUACCCUAUCUGGCGCUUGGUCCUGCAUUUUCUGUAGGGCACCCGUCGCCAUUAGGGCUCCAAAAAAGUUGUUGUCUGGCUAUGAGAGUGUAUUCGUUUGUCUACCAGAUGUGAAUUCUGUUUGUGAAGUGCUGUUCUCAUUUGAAAGGUGAAGGCUUUGCUGUGUAAAUUUGUGAGCAACUAUUACUGUGAAAACCUCUAACUUAGAUAUAUUGGUGAAAACUUAUCUAAAAUUAUGAUGA